AGCAAGAAGCAAAAUAUUAUUAGAGUUUUUCAUAAAAUUCACAGUAAUGUUAGCAUUCAAUAACAAUUACUAACUAUAACUAUUUUUUAUAACAAAUUAGAAUUAAUUAUUUUUAUUUAUGAAAUAAAAUAUAUGAUUAUCUUGAUUAUAGAAGUCUGAAACUAUUAUACAUUUUUCACAAACAUGCCAACUGCAAACUUUAUCCAAUUAACCCAACGUAUAUACUUUUUCUUCCCGUUCUCAAUGCGAAUUCCGCUGAAUUCCUCCUCUCCAGAGUCCAGUCGAUGCACUCGGCCAUCACCCGCCUCCUUGCCUCCGCUGCAGUCCGAUCCUUCUCGUCCACGGCCACUGCGGCCGCCAUAAUCUCCCAUGGAAACAUCCUCAUCACGCGCCUCAGCCGACAAGGCCGCAUCUCCGAAGCCCGCCAACUAUUCGACGAAAGUCCCCAACGAGAUCUUACAUCCUGGACCGCCCUUAUCGCCGCCUACGCCCAUGCAGGACGGAUCCGCGAUGCCGAGCUUCUCUUUAACCGUUCCGAUGCUCUCCGUGACGUUGUCACCUGGACCGCCCUCCUCUCCGGCUAUGCGCGUGCAGGUCAUUUGCGCGAUGCUGAGGACCUUUUUGCCCGUAUGCCUGAGAAGAACGUCGUCUCGUGGAACACUAUGGUUUUUGCUUACGCUGAAAAUGGAAUGGUGGAUAAGGCUCUUGAGUUGUUUGAUGAAAUGCCUGUAAGAAAUAUUGUAUCUUGGAACACGAUUAUAACUGCAUUUGCUCAGUCCGGCAGAAUUGAUGAAGCCUGCAGGCUAUUCUUUCAGAUGACUCAGAGAGAUGUCGUUUCAUGGACAGCAAUUGUGUCUGGGUUGUCACAGAAUGGCAGAGUUGAUGAGGCCCGGGAGGUUUUUGACAAUAUGCCUCAAAGAAACGUGGUAUCUUGGAAUGCCAUGAUUUCAGGCUACAUGCAGAAUCAGAGAAUUGACCAGGCUCUGCACCUUUUUGAAGCUAUGCCCGAGAGGAACAUCGCUUCCUGGAACACAAUGAUCACUGGGUUUAUACAGAACAGGAACUUGAAGCACGGCCGCAAACUGUUUGAUGAAAUGCAUGUAAAGAACGUUGUAUCAUGGACUACAAUAAUAGCAGGAUACGCACAAGAAGGGGAGAAUGAAUUGGCGCUGAAAACCUUCUUGGAAAUGUUAUCUGUUGGAAUCAGACCUAACGAGGGCACCUACCUAAGUGUUCUUAAUGCCAUCAGCAGCAUUGCAGCUCAUAUCGAAGGCUUGCAAGUCCAUCAGAUCAUAAGUAAAACCAAGUUUCAAUUCUCUCCGUUUGUGGAAUCUGCUCUGAUGAGCAUGUACUCAAAGUGUGGUGAUAUUGGAACGGCCCGAAAAUUAUUUGAUAUCUCAGACCAAAAGGACUUAGUAAAUUGGAAUGGGAUGGUGGCUGCAUAUGCAAAUCAUGGCUAUGGUGAAGAAGCGAUUCAUUUGUUUGAGGAUAUGAGUAAUAGAGGUUUGAAGCCUAAUGAUGUAACUUACAUUGCAUUGCUUUCUGCGUGCAGCCACUCAGGCUUAUUGGCCGAGGGACUGAAACUUUUUGACUCUUUAGUAAAGGAUGGCUCCAUUGAAGUGAGAGAUGAUCACUAUGCUUGUUUAGCGGAUCUCUGUAGCCGAGCAGGUAGAUUAAACGAGGUUUCUUUGCUUAAUAUUGAGACCCCUUCGGCUUUUGUCUGGGGUGCUCUACUUGGAGGGUGUAACUUUCACAGUAAUGCAAGUCUUGGAAAAUUGGCAGGAAGGAAGCUAUUGAAAGCAGAUCCUUACAAUACGGGGGCUUAUUUGUCGAUGUCAAAUAUCCAUGCCGCUUCUGGAGAAUGGAAGGAAGUUGCAGAAAUUAGAUCUGAGAUGACACAGAGAGGAUUGAAGAAGCAACCGGGAUGCAGUUGGAUCGACAUUGGCAAUAAGGUUCAUGUGUUUGUGUCACGGGAUAAGCUUCAUAUCGAGUUUGACUCCAUUGAUUGGAUGCUCCAGGAACUUCAUCAUGAGAUGAAGAUGUUGAAAUAUGCAUCAUCAGAGUGAAAUAAAUAUAAACAACAAAGAUUAAUAGAUGCUCACAGAGUCUUUUCCUUGUUGAUAUGUUCUGUUCAUGAGGUUUCGAAGUUCGAACUAUCAAAUUGUCAAGCAACUCAGACUGGUGGAGGACAAUGAGGCAUGCCAUCUUUUUGGGGAAUGAUUUGUAUAUAAGCACAAAUAUGUUGUGUGUGUGAUCUUCGAAAAAUUAUUCCAUGCGGAUGCCCAACAUCAUCCGUAGAUCAAUCAGAAUGCGCCAAAUUACCUUGUACUUCGUACCACUCGGUACCGCGG